CAAUCAGAGCGCUGGACUGAGACCUGCCCAAUCAGGCGCGCAGCCGGAGAGGAGGGGGCGGCAUCCGGGAUCUAGUGCGGCCUUGGCCUCUUGCUUCAGCCAGAGCGGGGUUAGGGCGUCACGGUCCUGCUUUCCCCUCUCAGGGAGGCCUCGGUGAUUCCUCCACAGCCUCAGCCUCCGUCGCUCUGUGACCAGCGGGUAUUGGAUGAUUCUAGCUAAGACUUCGCGACACCCUCGAAACCCUGAAAUGGAACCCUUAACAUUCAGGGAUGUGGCCAUAGAAUUCUCUCCAGAAGAGUGGAAAUGCCUAGACCCCGCCCAACAGAAUCUGUAUAGAGAUGUGAUGUUGGAGAACUACAGAAACCUGGUCUCCCUGGCUAUGUGUUCUCAUUUCACCCAAGACUUUUUGCCAGUGCAGGGGAUAGAAGAUUCAUUCCACAAAUGUAUACUGAGAAGAUAUGAAAAAUGUGGGCAUGAGAAUUUACAAUUAAGGAAUGGCUGUAAAAGUAUGAAUGUGUGUAAAGUGCAGAAAGGAGGUUAUAAUGGAAUUAAUCAAUGCUUGCCAAAUACCCAGAGCAAAAUAUUUCAAUGUAAUGCAGGUGUCAAAGUUUUUAGUAAAUUUGCAAAUUCAAACAAAGACAAGACAAGACAUACUGGAGAGAAACACUUCAAAUGUAACCAAUACGGCAAGUCAUUUCAGAAGUUCUCAGACAUAACUCAACAUAAAGGAAUUCAUGCUGGAGAGAAACCCUACACAUGUGAAGAAUGUGGCAAAGACUUUGGAUGGUCCAUAGCCCUGAAUCAACACAAGAAAAUUCAUACUGGAGAGAAACCUUACAAAUGUGAAGAGUGUGGCAAAGCCUUUAGUAGGUCAAGAAACCUUGCUGCACAUAACAGAAUUUACACCGGAGAGAAACCCUACACAUGUGAAGAUCGUGGCAGAGCCUUCGGAUGGUCCACAAACCUGAAUGAAUAUAAAAAAAUUCAUACUGGAGAUAAACCCUACAAAUAUAAAGAAUGUGGGGAAGUGUUUAAACAGUCCUCACACCUGAAUACACAUGAGAAAAUUCAUACUAGAAAGAAACCCGUCAAAUGUGAGGAAUGUGGCAAAGUCAUUACCUCAUCAUCAAGCUUUGCUCAACAUAAGAGGAUACAUACAGGUGAGAAACCCUUCAAAUGUUUAGAAUGUGGUAAAGCCUUUAAUAGUUCCACAAUCCUUACUAAACAUAGGAGAAUUCAUACUGGAGAGAAACCCUACACAUGUGAAGAAUGUGGCAAAGCCUUUAGACAGUCUGCAAUCCUUUAUGUACAUAGGAGAAUUCAUACUGGAGAGAAACCCUACACAUGUGAAGAAUGUGGCAAAGCCUUUAGACAGUCUGCAAACCUUUCUGCACAUAGGAGAAUUCAUACUGGAGAGAAACCUUACAAAUGUGAAGAGUGUGGCAAAGCCUUUGGACAGUACACAGACCUGAAUCGACAUAAGAACAUUCAUACUCGAGAGAAACCUUACAAAUGUGAAGAGUGUGGCCAACACUUUGCAUGGCGCACAGCCCUGAAUCAACACAAGAAAAUUCAUACUGGAGAGAAACCUUACAAAUGUGAAGACAGUGGCAAAGCCUAUGCCCCACCAACAGACCUGAAUCAACACAAGAAAAUUCUUACUGGAGAGAAACCUUACAAAUGUGAAGAGUGUGGCAAAGCCUUUGGUCGGUCCACAGCCCUGAAUCAACACAAGAAAAUUCAUGCUGGAGAGAAACCUUACAAAUGUGAAGAGAGUGGCAAAGCCACUGCGAGAGAAACCCUACACAUUGAAAGUACAAAAAUUCAUUACAGAAAGAAACCGUUCAAAUGUAAUGGAAUAUGCUGCAAAGCCUUUAGAACAGUCUGCAUCCUUUAUGUACAUAGCGAGGAAUUCAUACUGGGAGAAAACCUACACAUGUGGAAGAAUGGCGGAACAAAACCUUUAACAGUCUGCAAACCCUAUAUGCCACAUUAG